AUGGCAAUUUUCGUGUUAACUGUUGUAGGAUUGAUACUUGCUGCAAGUGCAGUGGACGCCGAAAAGGUCUACAACUUUCACAUGUGCCCUAACACUCAAUGUAGUGUACGUGAUCUGUAUAUUGAUCCAUGUCCCGAAGCUGCAUACAACCUACCAUGUGAAUGGUCAGAAAACGCAAGCACGUCUAUUGCGUUCACAUAUAACCCUGAAUUUCGUGCGAACUUACCAAAGACGCAGUUAUACGCUGAAACAUUUUUAAUGGACUUGCCGUUUCUGAACGUAAACACGGAUGCGUGCUUAUAUACAAAUUGCCCGGUGGUGAAGAACACCGAUCAGCAUUGGCUGUUCAAUUUAUUCGUACCAUACAACUAUGGUAGAAUGAAUUACAGAGUCAAGUUUAUGAUGUGGGACAACAUUUACCACCAACAGUGCUGUUUUAAAUUCGACAUAAAUAUUGUAUAACGGAAAUGGAAUACUCGCAACUACCUACCUUAAUAUAUACGAUUAUUGGCACCCAUACUAACAUAAUAUAAUAAAAUAU